AUGCAGAAACAAUAUUUUAGUAUAUUGAUAAAUUUUAUCUUUUUGUAAACUUGCAGAUAUGUUUUACUGAGUAUAUUGCGAUAUACUGUAUAAAGUUUUUCGUAUUUUUAGUUAUGCGACAUUAAAAGAUAUGUACAACGUGAUAACAUUAAAGAUUUAUUUAAUUUAUCGAUUUGAAUGUCGAUUACAUUUGAUUCGCGCUUCUUUGGAGCUUUGCGAAACUUUGUUAACUUCUCUGCGUGGUAUAAGUGUAAAAUGCAUGCUUCACACACGGGAAUCUUUCGUAAUUACUUAUGUAGGUCACACGAACUGGUUCUGUGCGAUUUUACGUUGACCCCGCGCGCGCACGUCUUCGGUAUUUUCGUUAUGUUUACCGCACCUUAAUCGAUUAUUUAAUCUAUCCGAUUAUCAUCGGAUUUUCUAAAUAUGAAUAAUCAAUGAGCGAUAUUUAAGUUUCGAAUUUUAGCAGAAAUUUCUGUUACGUAAUCAAUUUUAAUUUAUUUCCGAAGAAAUUCAUAAUAAUAAUUACUACAAGUUCUACUAUAAUAACAAUUUAAGUUUACAUAAUAAAUUUUUACUUAAACAAAUGAUUCAAAACCGCAAGUCUCAAAAAUACCGAAUUUCACACUCCAGAGCGCGUGUAAAUGCGUACAAAAUAUGAAGUUUGUUUCAGAAUUAAAUUACGACUGUAUCGAUAUAUCUUGUUUUGUUGUUAACCAGUUCACGCGUUCACACAUUAAAAGCGUCGCACACGCAUGCAUCUUUACAAAUUAUAUUAAUUGGUAGCGUAAAGAAGAAAUCGCGUCAACUUGUGAUCGCGUGAAAUUGUGUCAACAAGCACAAGUCGUUGUAAUUGCGAUGAUACACGCUAUUUUUACAGGAAUGUCUCCAGCAAGUCUUAUGCAAGUGAUCGGCCUUGCCGCUGUUUUCUUUCACUCAAUUUUGGUCGAGUGAUGUAGAUAACCGUGAUGUAAUUUGAUUUCAGUAUACAAGCAACUUUCACGAGAUAAAGACGAAUCUUCCGAUCAAUCGCCAAUACAAUUCAGUAGAGAUCUAGAAAAUACAAAAGAAAGAAACCGAAGAAAUUCAGUGGGCAUUUUUCUGAAGCAUCAGAAAGAGAGUGAGAUUUUAAUUUAGAGAUCGAUUUGAAUCGUUGUGACAAAGAGUUCGAUGAACCCGAUUACGAACGUUUCAAAUCGAUACGUGAAUUCGGGCACCUUCGCAAGAAAGGUACGAUCGUCCAGUGGCACAGACUGAUGCUUUGCGUCAGUGAUUAGUAUUCGCUUCGCGAUCUUCAUGUGAUUCGCGUGAUGCAGCCGUGACCGUAAAAAGGACUUUGAUUGAUGUGAUCUCGGUUGCUAUUCUGCAUCACUGUGCAAUUCUAAAAACAACAUUGCAACCGAUUGUUGAGGUAUUUUGAGGAACGAGAUGCAACGAAGUGCAGUCAGCACAGAAGCGCGUCGCGUGCUGCUGGUAUAAUCGUCGUCGUCGUCGCAAUUCUGCUGUCACGUUUAGUGAAGAAUCGUGAUCAUGCGAGGAGAUGUAGAUCGCAUUUAAGAUAUUUUACGAUUUAAAUGUGUGAUUACCGUACGUGAAAUCCUAAAGUAUUGAGUAACUAUGUGAGUUUAUGAGAAUCAACAAACUUGUGACCACCGCAAACUGUAUUAAAAUCAUAAUCAUGAUCCUAUAAUAUUACAGGAUCAUGAUUACAUUUAAGUUACAGUUAAGUAGGCCUCUGAAAAGUAACAUACAAGUAUCCAAGUUGCCAGAAGAUCCCCGAAUCAAGACUUAAAGAACGUAAUCUCAAGAAUCUGCCUUGAUCUACUUAAUGUGAAGGUCUUGCUGCAGAGAUUAGAUCAAGAAAAACGUUGCGUGAGCCUGACGGAACGCAAAGGCGUGUUCCACCGCACCGUAAGAGAACAGAAUCGCGUAAUCCCUCAAAAAAAAAAAACAUAUCCGCGAGUAAUUGUUAACAUAGGAACGCGAGAAUCCAGUACGCAAUGCUGCAGUCUUGUCUGACGGUCUUGCUGUUGAGCUACGCCAGUAGCAUCCUGUCGCCGGCUGUCCUGGAGACGGUGUAUCACUUCCUCUCGGGGUUCCCGUCGAGUGAUCAACCGCAGGAAGAUGACGCGAUAUCCGGGCAAUAUGACUUUAUCGUGAUCGGCGCUGGUGCGGCCGGAUCGGUGUUAGCGAACCGGCUGACCGAGAAUCGCGAUUGGAACGUCCUGCUGCUCGAGCAAGGCACAGAUGAGAUCUUUCUCACGGAUAUCCCGGUUAUGGCACCAAUCCUGCACGUUACCGACUAUGCGCGGGUCUACAAGAGCGAGCCGCGGCCUCAGGACGCGAGCGGUCACGGUGGAUACUGCCUGUCGAUGAUCGAUGGCCGUUGUAACAUUGUAUCUGGCAAAGCAGUCGGCGGCACCUCGGUGGUGAACUUUAUGAUCUACUCCAGGGGAGCGCCGGCUGACUAUGACGGCUGGCAGGCACUGGGAAAUCCCGGUUGGGGCUACGCGGAUGUGCUGCCUUACUUCAUCAAGUCGGAGAGAUGCAGGCUGAUCGACAGAGAUGCCAGGUAUCAUGGAUAUAAUGGAUAUCUUGAUGUCACUACUCCUACUUAUGCUACUCCCCUGAGAGAAUGUUUCUUGAAGGCUGGUCAGGAACUCGGUUACGAUCUGGUAGAUUACAACAGCGAUAAAGUCAUAGGCUUCUCGACCGUGCAAGCGAAUCUGCGAAACGGCCGUCGAGUUAGCGCCAGCAAAGCUUUCCUCAGGCCGAUUCGCGAUAGAGCGAAUUUUUAUUUGUCCAAACUCUCGACAGUGACGAAAAUCGUGAUCAAUCCGAGAACGAAGGCGAUCGCGGGCGUUCAAUUCGUUAAGAACCACAAAACGUAUUUCGUUUCUGCAACCAAGGAAGUAAUACUUUGCGCAGGUACUUUUGGCUCAGCACAGUUACUGAUGCUAUCCGGGAUAGGACCUAAGGAUCACUUGACAUCUUUGGGUAUUCGCGUAAUCGAGGACCUUCCGGUAGGAUUCAAUCUGCAGGAUCACGUGACCAUGUCAGCUUUGACAUUUCUAGUCAACGAGAGCGUGACUCUCAUCGAAUCGCGUGUAGGUUCUAAUCCAGCCAAUUUCUUUGACUACUUGACGCAAGGAACGGGUCCGCUGACGUUGCCCGGCGGUGCUGAAGCGUUAGCGUUUAUUAAUACUAAUAGCUUAAAGACAAGACAGGAAGACCAGAAAUUAAAGUUUAAGUACAUUCGAUCUGUAAAUGUGCCGAGAAACAACGAGCAGCGUACUCGAAUUGCUCCUAAUAUAACUUCCAUCAUCAUCAAUCGUGACUUCUUCAAGAUGUAUUCUCACACCAAUGUGAACGAGCUGUUAACACAAGACGAUCAUCCGGACGUCGAACUGGUGCUGGGUGCAAGCUCGUUAACUGGCGAUAUCUCCGGAAGCUAUCGCGGCCUGCUCGGAUUAACCGAGGAGUUUUACAAGGAAGUUUACGGCCGCUACGAAGGCGUCGACGCUUUCACGAUAGUACCUAUUCUUUUGCGACCCAAGAGUCGCGGCAGGCUCACCCUGAGAAGUUCCAGUCCAUCGGAUUGGCCGAUCGUCGACAUCAAUUAUUACGAUCACGAGGAUGAUCUGAAUACGAUGGUGCGAGCUAUAAAAAUGGCGGUUAAAGUAGCAUCCACCAGCGCAUUUAAGCGUUUCAACGCCACGCUGUUGCCGGUGCAGUUUCCGGGAUGCAAGCACGUCACCUUCAAGAGUGACCCAUACUGGGCAUGUGUCGCGCGCCACGUGACCACGACCGUAGGUCACUACGUGGGCACGUGCAAGAUGGGCACGCGGAGGAAUUCGGGCGUGGUGGACCAUAAGUUACGGGUGCACGGAGUCGACGGACUCAGGGUCGUGGACGCCAGCGUGAUGCCCACCAUAAUCGCCGGCCACACGAACGCAGCCGCGUACAUGAUCGCCGAGAGAGCCGGCGACAUGAUCAAGGAGGACUGGCGUGGUACUCUCGCUUAGUGAUACACGCGGGAAGCAAAUCACUGUAAAACGUGGGAAGCGAGGAAGUGGACGUUUUGUCGUGAAAUGUGGGAGGUACGGUGAAAGCACGAAGACUGUGACAAAAUAAGAAAACGCUUCUUUAGGGGUCCGGGUAAGUAAUGAUAGAGCUUGAGAAAAAGUGUCGUGAUGAGAUAAUAUAUGUAAAUGUGAUUUAAGAUAGGAUGGACUGUCUUAUUGUUUUCGAAGUAGAAGAUAAUUAUGUAUAAUAGACACGCUACGUGAUUUACGCGCAGAGAUUGAAUGACUAUUUCACGUGUAUCCUAGUCAAUGACUGAUGAUAUUAGACAGAUAGUCAGGAAUAAAACGAUGUCAUUAUCGUCGUUAAUGAUUUAACAGAUCUGCUACUUCAUUAACGUUGGAAGAAGCGCUGUUUUUCUUUGGCUGCUUAUAGUUGCUAAUUUAAAAGUAACAAAUUUACACUAUUAAUUAUAAUUAAAUUAGUCAAGCGCAAUUUAAAUAAAUAUGAUUAUACACACG